AUGACAAAAUCAACCCCCACUUCAAAACCCAGAGUCAUCGUCGACCCGCAAACCCUCUCGCAGCGACGAACGACCCGCCCGCGAACCCAAGCCCAGAGAACAGAUAUCCGGCAGACGAAGGAGUACAAAGUUGCCGCUAGACGUAAACCGAAGCGGUUAGGGAGACCGUCUACGGAGGAAAAGGAGAUUGAAUAG